AGAGAAAAAAAAAAUGGAUGGAGAAGUUUUCAACAAUCAGCCAAUUAUUGAUAAGGAAGACGAUGAUCUCUUCAACGAAAAUUUUAUGGAAGACUGCGUGCGAAUGGAUCAGUAUGAUGAGAGAGGUUUAGAUCAGAUUAUAGUUGACCUUGACGCAGCUGAGGCUGUGGUAGAUGCUCUUGAAAAUCUACUCCAUGAUGGUCACGACAACGAUAAUUUCUUCGAUGAACCUGAGGAGCUUGAGGAGGAGGAGGAUGAAGAAGAUCUCUUCAAUGAUACCUACUUCGAUGAUUAUCGGCAGAUGGAUGGGCAAGGAUGGUGAGUAUGAAUCCAACAGAUUUGAUCACGAACGUGAUUUAAUCAGUUAGAUCAGAUUAUGCAAAGUUUGU